GGUGCUAAACAUUUAAGCCUUUCUCCUCCCUUUUCAGGUAUGAAGACUCCUCACAAGAAGACAGCUGCAAAGCAGCAGACUAGGGAAGCUGUAGAUCACCACACUGGAUCUACAAACAUAAGAAAGAAAAAACACACUCAAAAGAAGCAGAGGGGGAGACCUGCGUCCCAGCCACGGAGGAACAUUGUGGGCUGCAGAAUUUCUCAUGGAUGGAAGGAAGGCGAUGAACCUAUCACGCAGUGGAAAGGAACUGUUCUGGAUCAGGUGCCUAUAAAUCCCUCUCUUUAUCUGGUGAAAUACGAUGGAAUUGACUGUGUCUAUGGACUGGAACUUCACCAGGAUGAAAGGAUUUUAAAACUUAAAAUCCUUCCUGAUAAGGUGCCAUUUUCUCGAGUCAGAGAUGUGCGCCUUGCAAAUACCAUAAUUGGCAAAGCAGUGGAACAUAUGUUUGAGGGUGAGCAUGGUUCUAAGGAUGAAUGGCGGGGGAUGGUGCUAGCCCAAGCACCUAUCAUGAAAGCCUGGUUUUAUAUUACCUAUGAGAAAGAUCCUGUCCUGUACAUGUACCAGCUUCUAGAUGAUUACAAAGAAGGCGACCUCCGCAUUAUGCCAGAGUCCAAUGAGGCUCCUCCAACAGAGAGGGAGCCAGAAGGAGUUAUAGAUGGCCUGAUAGGUAAACAUGUGGAAUAUACCAAAGAAGAUGGCUCCAAAAGGACAGGCAAGGUCAUUCACCAAGUUAAAGCCAAACCCUCUGUGUAUUUCAUCAAGUUUGAUGAUGAUUUCCAUAUCUAUGUCUAUGAUUUGGUGAAAAAAACCUGUUAGGUAAAACUUGCAAAAUGUGAGGAGGCAAAUGUAUAAUUUGUAGAUGUGCAAAAUACUAAUUUUCCAAUGUAUUUGAAGCUUAAGGAUCCCUAAUAACCCAACAUCUUUGCCAGCGUAACUGUUUUCUGAAAAACACAAUUUUAUGUGGAUAUCACACACUAUAUGUAAGUACUUUGUCUUGUGGAAAAGAUUGGGUUGUUUGCUUUAUGGGUCAUAAAAGAAAGGAAUAGCUGUCCAUUCAACCUGUGAAUAAAGUGCAGCUAUUAUGACCAGUUACCUAAAGAGGAAAUGAAACUUAGCUGAUACAGUCUGUGGGGAGGGGAAUGAGCUAGAGGUGGGCUGUGGGAAAGGCAGGGGAGGAGGUGAGUUCUUAAGAAGAGGUAGGGAGGUACCAGAAAAAUGGGAAGCUCCCUAGGGAGAAUCAGGGGGAAACAUCCAGUAGAAAAGGGAGUAAAUGAUGACUGAGAGUGAGAAUUUGGGGUUUAGAGGAAAACAGACAGAAUAAAUUGAGUAGAGAGGGAAACAAAGAAAGGUUAGAAGAGGU